UGAAGAACUUAUACCAGUACAAAUCAAAAUAAAACGUAGCCAUAUUCUCUUCUAGAGACUGCUGGAUAUUUCAAUAACUUAAUGCCUUCCCCCAUCCUUUCUUAACCUCCCCAUCAAUAUUCCACUAUAUAAAUCAAAAACCACUUGAAUUCACCUCCAAGUUUCUGAUCAAAUCCCAACUUAAAGCAGCAGAACAAAAGCAUAUUAAAAAAAUCUUACAGAGUCACACGCUCAUAGUACUAAGAUAGUACUAAGAUGUGUUUGGUGUUUGUAUGUGAUAAAGAUGAGAGGGUAGUAGGGAGACAGGUGGCACCAGGAUCAUGUCCAUAUUGUGGAGGAGUCAUUCAAGCCAUGGAUAUCCAGAGCAGUUGGCGCCUCUGUUUUGUACCUCUUUCUUUCAACAACAAGCGCAAGUUUUACUGUUCUCUCUGUUCCAGACGUCUCGUCGUCAAAUAUUAGUUGGCUUUUUUUUCAAUUUUUACAUGAAUACACAACAAGUGUGGUUUAGUUGACACUGUUUUGUCUUGUUUGUUCAUGAAUUUGUAUAUAUUUGUCUUGUAUUUUCGUCAGGAUAUGUUUGAAUAAAGACCCUACUCCCUCUGUCCCCCUCAUUUCUUUACA